AUGCUUACUCGCGACAAGACGCAAGCGGGCGUCGAAAGGUCAGACUUGGAGCGAACACUGGAGAAAUUGGGCUUCAAUGUUGCGGAGGAGGACGAGCACUUAAAAGGUUCAAGCAAUCCAGUCGGAUGGAAUCGCCAAGGUGGCAGUGGCUCUGGUGAGAAAGAGUUCGGGCAAGAGAAGGAGCUUAUGCUGGCUCUUUUUCCUGCCAGAAAGAAGACAUACAAGCUCCAGCCACAGCAUCUAGGCUUGCCGGCCGUGCUUAGACAUGUUUUUGUCGCGCAGGAGGAGCUGCUGAAGCGGUCCGCAGGGGGUAUGGUCGAAAGCAGCUCCAUGCGCGUGGUUUCAAGAUCUCUUCAGAGCAUCACCAAUAAGAAGCCUUUCAUCGUGUUCUUUUUCCUGCUCACGGUCUACAUUCUCGUUUUUCCAGAUCUCAUCCAGAUUUUAACAGACAGCGAUGCUGAUAAAACGCUCCUCACGGCGAACACCAUUGUCUUCUUUCUGUUCUUGUUCGAGCUCAUCCUCAUUGUUUCUGUGGAAGGAAGCUACAUUUUGUCGAUACCAUUUGUACUGGAUGCUGUUUCCCUGGUCAGCAUCUUUGCUGACACCUGGUUCAUGGCCGAAAUUGCGGUGGACACGAAGAGCUCAUCGCUCACGAAACUAGCGCGAUCCUCCAGGAUAGCACGGAUUGCCAGAAUCGGAAGAGUAGCUCGAGUCACCAAGCUGAUUCCACGUGUGCUCAAGCUUUGCAGGAAGCAAAGCAAUGCACUUGCCGAGCAGCUGCUGUUGCGGCGCUUGUGGCGUCUCUUCCAAUACUUGGACACGGCUCGGGAUGGCAAGCUCUCCGUUUUCGAUUUGAAGAUUUUCUACUUGGCCCUUUUACAGGAGUGUCCUCACGUGCGCCCGGACAAGAGUGAUGUUGUCAAGAUGCUCGAGAAGGAUUCUGAGCUUUUGUUGAGUUGUGGCCAAGACGAAAGUGGUCAUGUGAACGAGCUUAGCCAGAUCCUGAGGAGGAUGGCCGCCCUGAUUCGGAAGUUCCAUGCGACUCCGUUGAUCUGCUCCAUCUUCACCAAGGGAACUCGAAGGUCAGCGACACCAAUCCAACGAGCCGAAAAGGGACCUGUAGCGAUCGCCCGGGCGCGAAGGGCAACCAAAAGCAGGAGCACAGCCCAACACGGCCCCGUCUGUCAGAGACAGCGCGGGCAACAUUCCGAAGCACAGCAGCAGAAGGGAAAGUGA